AUGGCUCACCAACUGCGAUACAGAAAGCAAGAGGAAACUACAGCUGAGGAUAAUGAUGAAAUGAUGAUGAUUGUAGAGGUAAAGAAUUCCGGAAGUAAAAAAGUCCCCCGUUCGGAUCUUCGGGUGGGGACUGCCAAUAUAAGGUCGUCAAAAGAGAAGUGGAAGAGGAGAAUAGCGACGUGGAAUGUCAAAUCACUAGGAGUAUGUGGAAAACUUAAAAACUUGAAAUUAGAAAUGGAGCGUUAUAAAAUUGAUGUCUUAGGUAUUAGCGAAAUUAAAUGGACAGGACUAGGGGAUUUCUGGUCUGGAGACUAUAGAAUAAUAUUUAAUGGCGACGAGAACAAAUUUGCAGGAGUGGGGAUAAUGGUAAAUAAAGACUUUGGUCACAAGAUCAAGAGUAUUAUCUACUUUAACGAAAGAAUCGUAGGUAUCAAAAUAGAAACUAAACAAACAGAUACAUUUAUAAUACAGAUUUAUAUGCCAACACCUAGUCAGAAGUAAUAGAAAUGGCAAAAGAAAAAGAUAAUUUAAUCAUUUUGGGUGAUUGGAAUGCCCUUGUGGGCGAGAGAACAGAACCAGGAGUAACAGGAAAGUUUGGAUUUGGAACAAGAAAUCAAAGGGGUGAUAGACUUAUAGAAUUCUGUAAGGAAAGGGAUAUGAUAAUCACCAACACGUUAUUCUCACAACCAAAACGGAGAAGAUACACUUGGACCAUGCCAGAAGAAGGUAACAGAUAUCAGUUGGAUUACAUAUUAGUAAAAAAAAGAUAUAGAAAUCAGGUAAAGCAAAGUAAAAGUUACCCAGGGGCAGACAUAAACUCAGAUCAUAAUCUGGUAAUCAUGGAAACAAGAUUAAGUCUUAAAAAGUCUACAAGAAAUCAAGAGACAAAGAAAAAAUGGUAUGUAGAAAAACUUAAGCAGGAAGGAACAAGAAAGCAAUUCUUCGAGGUGGUAAAUAGAAUAAUACGAAUAAAACCAACAGAAUCAACAGAAGAACUGGACAAUUAUGAGAAUACAUGGAAAAGUUUUAAAGAAGCAAUCACAAAAAUGGCUGAUAAGAUAUUAGGAAAAACGAAGAACAUUCCAAUAAAGCCAUGGAUUAGCACUAGACUAGUAGAGCUCAUAGAGACAAGGAGAAAGUAUAAAAAAUGGAAAAACAGAAGAGGAUAG